AUGACCUGCGAAGCCUGCCGCACCAUCCCACCGGUUAUCUCUGAGGGCUAUACCCCCCAAGGAACCUCAUCUGCCAUCGAUGGACUAGACUUCGAUACCUGUACUCCUUACCAACAGCAUCUCUUGAAAAAAGACUUCUGUGUUAACAAAACAGACAUAACCGGUCCCACGACCGCCAAAACCGCCAUCCUAACAAUCUACGAUAUCUUCGGCAACUCCCCUCAAACCACACAAGGCGCCGACCUCCUUUCAGCCCGCCUCAACGCCCUCGUCCUGAUCCCCGAUUUCUUCAAAGGCGACGGCGCAAAGCAGGAAUGGAUCCCGCCAGACACGGAGGAGAAGACGGCGGCCCUGAUGGCGUUUGUCCGCGAGAAGGCGUCGUGGGCGGAUGCGGCCAAGGGGAUCAAUGGCGUUGUGGAUGCGUAUAGGGCUGCAUUCCCGUUUGUCGGGAAAUGGGGCGCUUAUGGGCUUUGCUGGGGUGGGAAAGUGCUGGCUUUGGGUUCUGGGGAGGGGUCGCCUUUUAGUGGGACGGUGCAGGUUCAUCCUGGACGGAUGGCCAAAGAAGAUGCGGAGACGUUGACGAUUCCUCAUGCGAUUCUUGCGUCCAAGGAUGAGCCUGCCGAUGAAGUUGAGGCAUAUGAUGAGGUUAUCAAGAGGAAGAGGCUGGGCGGUUUUGUGGAGACGUACGGGGACAUGUGGCAUGGGUGGAUGGGGGCAAGGGCUGAAUUGCAGAAGGAGGCCAGUCUGAAGGAGUAUACUCGAGGAUAUGGACAGCUGGGGGAUUUCUUUGAGAAAUGUUUGUCAUAG